GAAAUCAAGGAAGUAGAAGCGAAUAUAAGAAAGUCUUGAACAAAUUCUACAAGUAAUAUCUAACUAUUUGUUUUGGUAAUCUAUUUUUAUAUCAAUAUUUAUUCAUUGCAUAGUGCACAUGCUAUUACAUUUUUUAAUUGGUUGUCCUUUUAAAAUGUGACGAUUAUUAAGAUUCCUUAAGCGAAAGAUACAAGUGUUUGUAUAUAACUAUAGUAUAUAUAAAUCCCCCUCUCAUUCCUUUCACUUUUAAAGAAAUGAAUCGACAACUGGAUUCAGUUUGUCUGCGUAUUUCGCGGUGUGACAAAGUGAAUGAAAAGAUUGGGAAAUAUUCCACAUGUCUAUCUGAAUAUAAUAAAUUCGAGAUAAAUAAAGAAGAUGGGCGGAAGUAAUUGCAAAAGUUUUUCUCCACGAUCGGUAAUCAGAAGUAAAUCAUCUUCGAGUUCAGGUAAAUCGGAGAACAAUGACUACAUUGAAGGCGUGGUGUGCAACGAGGAUGAUAUCAAGGAAAAUGAAAUGAAAACAUUGCCACUUGGAGAGGAUGGUGGAAAAAUUUUACUCAUUAAACAAAAAGGAGAACUUCAUGCAAUCGGUACAAAAUGCACACAUUAUGGAGCAUUAUUGCACACUGGAGCUCUAGGAGAAGGUAGAGUAAGAUGUCCAUGGCACGGGGCUUGUUUUAAUAUUAAAACAGGAGACAUUGAAGAUUAUCCUGGACUUGAUUCCCUACCUUGCUAUCAGGUGAGCGUGAAUGACAAUGGAAAUGUGCGAGUACGAGCAAAGCGCAAAGACCUGGAGGUUAAUCGACGUACAAAGGAAAUAUGCCCCUUUAAUAUCGAUAAUUCGAAUACUGCCCUCAUAAUUGGUGGAGGACCAGCUGGUGCAACUUGCGCUGAAACUUUACGUCAAGAAGGUUUCACCGGACGAAUCAUUAUGAUUUGUAAAGAAAAUUCCUUGCCAUACGAUCGUAUUAAAGUCUCGAAAAUUAUGGAUUUGAAUGUGGAUAACAUUCUCUUGAGACCGCAAAUGUUCUACGAUGAAUACAAAAUCGAAACACGUCUCGGUCUCGCAGCAACAGCCCUAGACACAGAGCGGAAAAUGGUGAAACUGUGUCAAGGAGAGGAGAUAAAUUAUAAACAUUUAUUCAUCUCAACUGGUUGUCGGCCACGAGUACCAGAAACUCCAGGAAUUGAUUUGAAAAAUAUUUUCUACCUUCGAAAUUACACGGACGCAAAUAAUAUUCAUAAACAAUUGUCGCCUGAAAAGCAUGUCAUAAUUUUGGGAACAAGUUUCAUUGGAAUGGAGGCAGCUGCUUAUUGUAUUGGCAAAUGUGCCUCAGUUACUGUAAUUGGAAGGGAAUCUGUUCCUUUGGAACCAGUUUUUGGUGCUGAAAUCGGAGAAAGAGUUAAACGUGAAUUUGAAACAAAAGGAAUAAAGUUCAUUUUUAAAAAUAGUGUCGAGAAGUAUAUAGGCAAUGAUAAUGAUUGCAAAACAUUAAGUCAAAUUGAAAUGCAAGAUGGGAGCAUUUUGCCAGCGGACAUUGCGAUAAUAGGGAUUGGAUCAUUCUUUAAUACCGAGUGGCUCAAAGAAUCUUCGAUAAAAAUGUUGGAUAAUGGAACUCUAGAAGUUGAUAAGUACUUAAAGACAAACGUAGAAAAUGUUUACGCAGGAGGAGACAUUGCCUAUGCUCCAUUAAGUGUAUUUAAUACCUCAGCAGCAAUUGGUCACUACUCGUUAGCUCAUUAUCAUGGAAGAAUUGCUGCUUUCAAUAUUUGCAAUAAGGAAACCCCUCUGAAUUCUGUUCCUUUCUUUUGGACGACUCUAUUUGGCAAAGGUUAUCGAUACGCAGGCUAUGGACGUCCCGACAGUUACAAAGUGCACGGUUCCUUGGAGGACUUCAAGUUCUUCGCCUACUACUUCAAGGACGAUAAAGUAAUAGCAAUGAGUAGCGUUGGAAGAGAUCCAAUUGUUUCAGACUUUGCAAAUUUACUCUACGAGGGAAAGAUUUUAACAAAGGAAGAGGUUGAAAGUAAUCCAACAGGAUGGAUGAGAAAUCUCCCGAAGGAUAUGCUCCCGUCCCAAGAGCCAGAGAAAACGAAUAUUCCUCUUCCCGACACGAAGUCGAUCGGACCAAAUAUGGGGAAUCAAUAUCGACAAUAUCAUACUAUAGCUUUUGCACAGAAAUCUUGUCGUGCUACUCAACUCGUUUCUACAACAGCUACAAACUGCCUUUUAUUUAAAUACUCGAAACUUGUUAAAUAUUUUCGCUUUCUCCUGCCAUUGUAAUGUAAUUAAUAAUUAAUAAUUAAAAAUAUAAAAUUACACUUGAAAUAAAGCUAAUUUAACAUUAA